AUGGUGAUGCUUCAGUUUUCCGCGGUUGCCACCUGCACCGUCCUCCUCUCGCUAGCUGCCUCCUCCCUGGCCGGGGACGCCGACAUGCUCCAGGACGUCUGCGUCGCUGACUUAGCAUCCCCGAUCAAGCUGAACGGGUUCCCAUGCAAGGCGGCCAUCACUGCAGAUGACUUCUUCUUUGCCGGUCUCAAGAACGCCGGCAACACCAACAACCCGGCAGGGUCAAACGUCACGGCGGCGAAUGUACAGUCCUUUCCUGGGGUGAACACGCUCGCUGUGUCCAUGGCGCGCAUCGACUACGCGCCCGGAGGCCAGAACCCGCCGCACACCCACCCGCGCGCCACCGAGAUCAUCUUCGUCACCCAAGGAAUCCUGGAGGUGGGCUUCAUCACCACCGCCAACAAGCUCUUCACUAAGACUGUCACCGUCGGAGACGUGUUCGUUUUCCCGCGUGGCCUCGUGCACUUCCAGCAGAACAGGGGACGUGGCCCCGCCUCCAUCAUCGCCGGCUUCAACAGCCAGCUCCAAGGCACACAAGUCAUCGCCACCACGCUCUUCGCUGCCGCACCGCCGGUGCCUAGCGAUGUGCUGGCCAAGGCCUUCCGGAUCGACAACAGCCAAGUGGACGCUAUCAAGGCCAAGUUCAUGUAG